GCUCAGUUCUCAAAACGGAUCCAGACAAAAAUCAAGGACCUUUUGCAACAAAUGGAGGAGGGGCUGAAGACAGCAGAUCCACAUGACUGCUCUGCCUAUACUGGCUGGACUGGUAUUGCCCUCUUAUAUUUGCAACUGUACCGUGUCACGAAAAACCAGAGCCAUUUGCAGAGAUCUCUUGAUUAUGUGAAGAGAACCCUUCGCAAUCUGAAUGGCAGAAGAGUUACUUUCCUCUGUGGUGAUGCUGGGCCGCUGGCAGUGGGUGCAGUGGUUUAUCACAAGCUGAAAAACGACAGUGAAUCUAAAGAAUGUGUUGCCAGGUUGUUGCAGCUCCAAAGGACAGUCGUAAACACAGAUGCUGAGCUUCCAGAUGAGCUGCUUUAUGGCAGAGCAGGUUACCUCUAUGCCUUGCUGUAUCUGAAUAGUGAAAUCGGUCCAGACACUGUCCCACAGUCUGUUAUCAAAGAGGUAAUAGAUGCUAUUAUUGAAUCGGGGAAGAACUUUUCGAAGGAGGAGCGGAAAACAGACCGCUGUCCUCUGUUGUACCAGUGGCACAGGAAGCAGUAUGUUGGGGCAGCCCAUGGAGUGGCUGGCAUCUACUACAUGCUCAUGCAGCCAAUUGCAAAUGUAGACCAGGAGACCCUGACAGAGCUGGUGAAGCCAAGCAUUGACUAUGUGCGUCAUAAAAAAUUCAGAUCUGGGAAUUACCCGUCAUCACUGAGCAAUGAGACUGACAGACUGGUUCACUGGUGCCAUGGUGCCCCUGGAGUCAUCCACGUGCUCAUGCAAGCUUAUAAGACCUUUAAAGAGGAUAAAUACUUGAAAGAUGCUAUGGAUUGUAGCGAUGUCAUCUGGCAGAGAGGUUUAUUGAGAAAAGGAUACGGGAUCUGCCAUGGUACUGCUGGCAAUGGCUAUUCCUUCUUGUCUCUCUAUAACCUAACUCAGGACAAAAAGUACCUCUACCGAGCUUGCAAGUUUGCUGAAUGGUGUUUGGAGUAUGGUGCACAUGGAUGUCGUAUUCCUGACCGGCCUUAUUCUCUCUUUGAAGGCAUGGCUGGAGCUAUUCACUUCCUCUCAGACAUUUCGGUACCGGAGACUUCCCAGUUUCCAGCGUUUGAACUUGGACCUCAAAGGAGGGAAAACAAAGUGGAACAGGACAGCUAAAAGAUCAUUUUGGAAGGAAACUGAUGCCAAAAAAAAUGAGACUGUUUAGUGCCUCUGAUACUGAACCAACUUGGCCCUGAACUGACGGAUGGAUAAACUCCUUUUCUCACCUCCCCUGCCCCAAAGGACCAUGAAGUCAAUAGAGCAUGAACAGGAGAAGCCACAUUUAAGUUCUGUUGAAGUGACGCCUUCAGAUGUAGGACAAGAGAAGUCAAGUUUUGAACUUUCUCUCUCCCGUUGUAUUUGUCUUCUUCAGGUCUUUGACAUGCUCUGCAUGUUUAUUGGUGUUGUCUGUUGAUUUGAGUCUUCUGUUGUUAGC